GAGGAAGGCCAGAGGGGAGCAGGAGUGGAGAGAGGGGCUGGAGGUUGUAUCAAUCGCCAGCGUCCGAUGAGUUAGUUAAUCAGGACUGUGUACGGAAGCCUCUAUAAAACCCACAACGACAGGGUUCAGAGAGCGUCCAGUUGCUGGGGGAGUGGUGACCUCACAGAGGCAACGGAAGCUCCAUGCCCCUUACUUCCUACCUGGCCCUGUGUAUCUCUUCUGUCUGGCUGUUCCCGAAUUACAUGCUUUUAAGUGAAACCAGUGACCUGAGCAUGCAGUGGUUUCAGCUGGAGGUGGUUCCUCCUGAGUCCCCAGGACCAGCCCUGUUUCUUCCAACCAUGUCGGCCCCCUUCAGUGACGCCCCUCGUGACUUAAACAUGAUGUGCAAGGUGAUCACUUCCAGAUUCACAUCUGGACAAGUUUCUCAACCUCUGGGGACCUCGGUAUAUCCUCCUGCAGGGUCGGGUGGGGGCAGAGGGUAGGACAUGAUGUUUCUCAGCCCGCUGCUCACCCCGCAGGCCUGUGGAGCCCAGUUCCCCUUCCAGGCGUGGCCACAGCUCUCUGAGCCUCGGCUUCCUGCUGGGGCGUUCUAGGCCACAACCCACACUAUCAGCAUUUCCUUCCCUACAGAGGACCUGGACCCCAGCUCUGCCCUGUCAGAUGCAGACAUGGUGCCUCUGCUGCUGCUGCCCCUGCUGUGGGGAGGGUCCCUGCAGGAGAAGUCAGGGUACGAGCUCAGACUGAAGGAAUCGGUGAGAGUACAGAAGGGUCUGUGUGUCCACGUGCCCUGCUCCUUCUCCUACCCCUGGACUUCGUGGUAUUCCUCUGCUGUACUCUACAUCUACUGGUACCGGAGUAGGGACAACAUACAACGCGAUUAUCCUGUGGCCUCAAACAACCCACAUAAACCAGCGAGGACUGAGACUGCCAACCGAUUCCGCCUCCUUGAGGACCCCACGACCAACAGCUGUUCCCUGAACAUCAGCAAUGCCAAGAGGAGCGACACAGGAAGCUACUUCUUCCGAGUGGAGAGAGGAUAUGAUGUGAAAUAUAGUUACACAGAUAAAAAGUUGCAUUUGCAGGCACCACCUCUCUCCUUCUCUGCCCUCACAGAGGAACCCGACAUCCACGUUCCGGAGCGUCUGGAGUCUGGCCGCCCCACACGCGUGACCUGCAACCUGCCAGGGUCCUGCGAAGGGGGAAGACCUCUGACCUUCUCCUGGGUGGGGGCCGCUCUUGACUCGCUGAGCCCCCAGGCCCUUCGCUCCUCGGUGCUAAACCUCACCCUGAGGCCCCAGGACCACGGCACCAACCUCACCUGUCAGGUGAAACAGGAAGGAUAUACAGUGAUUACGGAGAGAACCAUCCUGCUCAAUGUGUCCUAUGCCCCACGGAACCUCACCAUACGCAUCUUCAGAAAUGUCACAGCCUUCGAGAUUCUGCAAACCACUUCGCCCCUUCCCAUACUGGAGGGCCAGGCUCUGUGGCUGCUCUGUGCUGCUGACAGCAACCCCCCUGCAGAACUGAGCUGGUUCCGGGGGUCCCCAGCCCUGAACACCACCCCCAUCUCCAGCACCGGGAUCCUGGAGCUGCGUCAAGUGGGAAGUGAAGAAGGAGAGUUCACCUGCCAUGCUUGGAACCUGCUGGGCUCCCAGUAUGUCUCUCUGAGCCUCCCUGUGCACUACCCCCCACAGCUGCUGGGACCCUCCUGCUCCUGGGAGGAGGAGGGUCUGCACUGCAGCUGCUCCUCCCGAGCCCAGCCGGCCCCCUCCGUGCGCUGGCAGCUGGGGGAGAGGCUGCUGGAGGGGAACUUCAGCAACACCUCCUUCAAGGUCACCUUCAACUCAGAGGGUCCCUGGGCCAACAGCUCCCUGAGCCUCAGCGAGGGGCUCAGCUCCAGCCUCAGACUCAGCUGCGAGGCUGGGAAUGUCCACGGGGCCCAGAGCGCCACUGUCCUGCUGCUGCCAGGGAAGUCAGUGUCCCUGGCGGGAGUGGUUCCUGGGGCUCUUGGAGGCGCUGGUGCCAUGGCCCUGCUGUCCCUAUGCUCGUGUCUCAUCUUCUUUUGCAUAGUGAAAGCCCGCAGGAAACAAGCGUCCAGGAGACUAAAGGGCAUGGAUGAUGAAGACGCUGUCAUGGGUACCAUCGCCUUGGGUUCAAAGCAAAAGUGCCAGCCAGAGAGCCCCCCAGAGCAAGCGCUACCUGCCGGGGGUGUCCCUUCCUCAGGGGAGCAACAGGAGGAGCUCCACUAUGCAAACCUCAGCUUUCACGGGGUACAGUUGCGGGAACCUCAGGACCCGGCGGCCGCCAGCACCUGCGAGUACUCAGAGAUCAAUACGACAAGAUGAGGACCCACCCAGAGCUCAGUCUUGGCCGCAGGGAUCACAGCCCCUCUCAGGGAAAGAAAUCAGGGACGAAUUGUGGUCGCAUGAGGAGCCCCUGUGGCAACAUUAACAGACAGGUGACAGGCCUAGAAAGACUUGGGCUCCACUGCAGGCUUUAGCGCUUCCUAAGGCCUAGUUAUCAAGCGAUUCCCUGUUUUCCUCUGUUCCUCAGUUGCCCGUUCUGUACAUCAGAUAUCACGCAGCCUCCUGCGAGGGUGGUUGUGAGCAUUAAAGAAAUUAACACAGAAAUCAA